GAUCCCGCGGUUUCUUAUCAACAAGUCUUGCCAAUUGCAAACACAUACAACAAUAGUCUUGCCUAAAUAGUUAUUAGCGAUUUCUAUAUUUCACCUCCGUUUUAUGCUAAGAAACAAUGUCGAUAAAUUUAAAAUUCAAACCAUCUGACGUAGACACCAGUUUUUCUAACCCACCGAAGCUGCAUUACAUACCGGCAACAAUUCGUGGUGAUGGGCCAGCAAAAGUUGAUCAGUAUUUUGAGUCCUACACUGAGCAGUUGGAAGACGAAACACUUGUAAACAGUCUUCGAGGCUUUCCUUUGCGAGGCAAACAGAUUAACCUUCCAAUCGGAUACAGUGGACUAAUUUUUCAGGAAACGCAAAAACCCUUAUCCUCUGAGGAAGAUCGUAAUUUCUCGUUUGGUGGUGCAUUUAAACGAUUCACCUACUGGAACUACGAUAAAAUUCCCUCCAAGAAUGAUCCUUUUGUGAAGGCUCUGGACUGGAUGGAGCUUGCAGAAGCUCUACACGAGCCUAUUUCAGUCAAUAAAGAGAACAAAUUGAUAACUAAGAAAGAAUAAAAUAUUUUUGUUUCAUUUGAAU